CGGUGCGCGAUUUUGAUCCGGUGCGAUGCCAUGCGUGCUCAACGCGUGGAUUAGCGGCGCAAAAAGCUUCCGCGCUCAGGUGAAUCAAAGCCCACGGUUGGGCGCGCAAACAGGAAAGAGAGAGAGAGUCGACCGCCUCUAUCACUCGCCGCCCGCCGUCGCCGGCGCCGUUCCGGCGACAUCCAUACCUGGAAUGGUGCUUGAGCGGCGGUUCCGGUGAGGACGGUGAAAAUGCCUUGUUUUUUUAUUUUAUUUUUAAAUCUCCCCAUUGCGGGGAUGUAGGUGAACCUUUGCUUUUAUAUAUUUUUAUUUUUCCGUUUUCCCAUUUAAGCUGGGGUUCCGUGCCGGAGUAGACGCCUCCCUCGGCUUUUGACUUGGGGUCUGUUUUAAUGAUAAUACCCUAAUCCUAAUAACCCUCCAAGUUGCUUUUCGUCGAUAUGUACAUCGGCGGCGAGGUUGGCACGGCGAGCUUCCUCGCCCCCAAGAUCAAUCCCUUAGGUCUCUCUCCCAAGAUGGUCGGUGAGGACAUUGCCAAGGAGAGAGCCAAAGAGUGGAAGGUCCUCUGCAUCAUCGUCUAGGAGUUGCGAUGGCGGCGCAGGCGGGGGCAGGGGAGGGGGCGGCUAGGAAGGAGAGGAAGGCGAGGAUGGGGCGGAGGUGGUGGUCAUCCCUGGGAUCGGGCAAAGAUCAUGGUGGCGCCACAGGUGAGGAGCCAUCGACUGAGUGGGAUUAUUCAUUAAUAACGGCACCCCAGGAUCCAUCCCUCUCUCUCUUCUUUCCUCUUCUCUCUAAUCUCAGCCUCCUGGCGACGAAGGAGAGGAGGAACGAGAAGUCCGUAACGCCUUUCCCUCCUCUCUCUCUCUCGGUCCAAUGGGUAUCGUCUCGUCUCCAAUCAGUACCUGUUCGAGAAAGCAUCAGAAGAUCUACCAGGAGUGGUUCUUCUUGGCCGAUUCAGGGAAAAGAAUUUUUAUGUUUAGGAUCCUUAUGUUUUUAUCACUGGAAUAGAUGGAGAAGGGCGCAUCACGGGAAACGAUGCCAUCGAGUUCUUCGCCAUGUCCAAGCUAUCUCGCCCCGAACUUCAACAGAUGCAUAACUGUGUCGUAUGCAAAGUUUAUAAGAAAGAAAAUGAACCUGGUUCAGAUACAUAAAACUGCAGAAUUUUGAUGAAAUGCGAAGUGCCGAGUUAAAUGUAGAAAGCACCAAUGUUAUGGAGCAAUGGAGUAAUUUGUGAAGAAGAUAAAAAACGGAAUUGGUUCUUUGGUUCUUUUUUUUAGGGGGUGAGGAAAGUACAGUUCUUUUUCAGCAUAGGACUUAUGUUUUGAUGUUCAUCCUUUUGUUCUGUGAAGUGUGAAAUGAAUUUUCCUUAGAUGCAAUGAUAAGAAUUCAUCUGCGAUGUUGAAAGGCCUUCAA